UUUUAAAUCAAAAAUGCCGGAUAUGAAGUACAUUUUAGUAACUGGUGGAGUUAUUAGUGGUGUUGGAAAAGGUGUCAUCGCGAGUUCUUUUGGCACGAUUCUAAAAAGUUGUGGAAUCGAUGUAACUUCAAUAAAAAUUGAUCCAUAUAUAAACAUAGACGCAGGAACGUUUUCUCCAUACGAACAUGGUGAAGUUUACGUACUCGAUGACGGUGGUGAAGUUGACCUUGAUCUUGGCAACUAUGAGCGUUUCUUAGAUAUAACAUUACAUAGGGAUAAUAACAUUACAACAGGGAAGAUAUACCAACAGGUUAUAGAGCGUGAGCGACGAGGAGACUAUCUUGGAAAAACCGUACAAGUCAUUCCACACAUAACUGACGCUAUACAAGAAUGGGUUCAAAGAGUGGCUCACAUUCCUGUAACACCAGAAAACACACCACCAAGAGUGUGUAUAGUGGAAUUAGGAGGAACAAUCGGUGACAUAGAAGGAAUGUCAUUUGUUGAAGCUUUUAGACAAUUUCAGUUUCGAGUUAAGCGAGAAAAUUUCUGCUGUGCUCAUGUGUCUUUAGUACCUAUGCCAAAAUCAACAGGUGAAGCUAAAACUAAACCAACACAAUCAUCCGUGCGUGAACUGCGUGGUCUUGGAUUAUCACCUGAUUUGAUUUUAUGUAGAUCUGAAAAACCUAUCAAUCACAAUGUAAAAGAAAAAAUAUCCAAUUUCUGCCAUGUUGCACCAGAACAGGUUAUAUGCAUCCAUGAUCUGACAUCAGUCUACCAUGUCCCACUGCUGAUGGAGGCUCAGGGUGUUGUUCAAUACUUAAAUGAAAGAUUACAAUUGAAUAUUGCUAUGCCGAGACCAUCAAGAUUCAUGCAAAAAUGGCGCAGUCUUGCUAAAAGGGUUGAUAACCUUCGCAAAGAAGUUAAUAUUGCGCUUGUUGGAAAGUAUACGAAACUAGAAGAUAGCUAUGCUAGUGUCACCAAGGCAUUACAACAUGCUUCUAUUGCUGCUGGCUGCAAACUUAACUUGACUUAUAUUGAAGCUGUCAAUUUGGAAAAAAUAACAAAACUUGAUGAUCCAGUUGGUUACCAUAAAGCAUGGCAAGAUUUAUGUAAGAGCGAUGGAGUAAUAGUUCCUGGUGGAUUUGGUCAACGAGGUAUUGAAGGAAAGAUAGAAGCUUGCCAAUGGUGCAGAGAGACUCAAAAGCCUUUGCUUGGGAUAUGUUUAGGCUUACAAGCAGUUGUUAUAGAAUAUGCAAGAAAUGUACUAGGGUUAAAGGGUGCUAACAGUACAGAAGUAAAUCCUGAAUGUGAAGAUAAGUUGGUUAUUGACAUGCCAGAACAUCACCCGGGCAAUCUUGGAGGUACGAUGAGAUUAGGAAAGAGGAAGACAUAUCUAGAACCAAGUAUUCUCUCAAAACUAUACAAGAAGGAAGUUAUAGAAGAGCGUCACCGUCACCGCUACGAGGUGAACCCUGAGUACAUAGAGCGCUUAGAAGCUGCGGGGCUCAGAUUCGUUGGUCGUGACUCGACCCGCACACGUAUGGAGGUGGCAUCAAUAGAUUCUCAUCCUUACUACGUGUCCGUCCAGUUCCACCCAGAAUACCUAUCGCGGCCGCUGUCGCCAAGCCCACCAUUUUUAGGACUAAUUUUGGCUUCGCUCGGGAAACUGAAAAGUUAUUUAUCUAAGGGAUGUCGUUUUAGUCCAAGAAAUCAAUCAGAUGUCAGCUCGGAUGAGGAUGACUUGUCAGAAGAAGUUUCAUCUUUGACUUUAAUAGAAGAAAAUACAAUUUUAGAAAAUGGGAAGGAUGUUCCAAAUGGAGUACAUUAAUUUUACAAUAAUUAUUACUUUAUUAGCUUUUCUUCAAAAAUUCGAAUCGAUUAUAAACUCAGAAAAUAUAGACAAUCGUCUGUUAUUUAUUAGUCACUAAUUUAAAAGACUUAAGUUUAUAGUCAAAAUAUUUUUUUUAAAUAAAUAAACAUUUCAA